AUGGCCACUUCAAGUCGCCCCAACCUGGGCAAUACAGUCGUUGUUGGCGGCUGUGGCUUUGUUGGCAGUCACAUUGUGUCAAUGCUCAAGGAAAAGUACGAGGCGAAUGUCUCAGUGCUGGACUUGCGAACAACCCGCAACCGCCACGAAGGCGUCGCCUACUAUGACUGCAAUAUCACCUCUAUUGAAGAGGUCCGCUCAGUGCUCGACAAAGUGAAGCCUGCCGUUAUCAUACACACGGCGAGUCCCAAUUUGAUUGAACAUCGAAAAGAUCUCAUGUACAGCGUCAACGUCAAGGGAACAAAGAAUCUCAUCGAGGCUGCCGGAGAAGCGGGCGGAGUCAAGGCCUUCGUGUAUACCAGUUCCGCAAGUGUUGUCAGUGAUAAUGCGACUGAUUUAAUAAAUGCCGAUGAGCGGUGGCCGUAUGUUGAAGGAGCGCAGCAAUCUGAAUACUACACACAGACCAAGAUUGAGGCAGAGAAGACUGUUCUGAACGCCAACCGCAAGUACGGAAACAUGCUCACCACCGCAAUCCGUCCAGCGGGCAUCCUCGGCGAAGGGGAUGUGCAGGUCGUUAACAACAUGAUCAAUGUCUAUGAAAAGCGGAAGACGGGCUUUCAGCUGGGUGACAACAACAAUCUCUUUGAUUUUACAUAUGUGGGCAACGUUGCGCAUGCCCAUAUUCUUGCUGCGCGAGCGUUGCUAAAUACGCACCUCCUCACUACCGCUCCGCUAGACCACGAGCGUGUUGACGGAGAGGCCUUUUUCAUUACCAACGACUCGCCUGUUUACUUCUGGGAUUUCCCUCGAGCUAUCUGGAAUAUUGCUGGCGAUACCACUGGUCUCAAUGUUACCGUGAUCCAGAAGGAUUGGGGAUUGGCACUUGCCAGCCUCCUGGAAUGGGUUUACUGGGCGGUGGGAAAGAAGCCGACCUUGACGAGGCAGCAAGUCCGAUACUCGUGCAUGACGAGGUACUAUAAUAUCGGAAAGGCCAAGGAAAGACUCGGCUAUCGGCCGAUUGUCAGCCUUGAUGAAGGGGUUGAGCGCACGACGAAAUGGUUUUUGACACAAUCUGCCGCAACUGCUGCCAAGAAGGACCAGUAA